AUGCUCCUGCCAAUCGCAACCAGAAAUAGUAUAUUUGAAAAGGUUAUUCAGGACGGUGUAUUGACGGCAAGAAAUGAUCUUCGACCGUGCUAUAAUCAUCCCACAAUUAAUGUCCGUAACCUAUACGUGAUCAAAACAAUGCGAUCACUUAAGUCGCGGGGUUACGUUCGGGAACAGUAUGCAUGGAGAACAUACUACUGGUUUCUUACAACUGAUGGAAUUAAUUACUUGCGCGAGGUUUUGCACCUUCCUUCAGACAUCAUUCCAGCAACAUUGAAAGCCCCACCACGAGAUAUCCGAGCACCAGCUCAAGGAAUGGAUCAAGGUGGACAGCGCGGUCCUUCUGAUGGUCGUGUUGCAUUCAGAAGAGGACCUGUCACUCCUGGUAUGACUGGCUUUGGGACCCCAGGAAAAGAUGCAGCAAUGGGUGAUAGUGAAGUUCAUUUCCGUGGGGGUUAUGGUAGAGGUAGACCUAUGUAA